GGAGACGUCCUGCUGCUGUCUGGGAAAUUUCAUCAUGAUUACAGGUGUCGAACCUUCUAAAGGUUUUAAGAAAUUCAAACGUCUGCAUUUACACAUCACCCGUCACACGCUUUAAUAUUUUAUCUAAAUAAAACCAGGGAAAAUAUGUGGAAAGUUUUUGAGAAACCGAGGAAUAUGGUUCAUUAUUGUGUGGUUCCGGGUGAUUUCCGGUCAUGAAAGGCUCAUUUCCGUUGCUAGUUGAUGACGUAGUUUGCAUGCGCCCGAGAUCCAGAAAAGGCAACUGUUGGGUCUACGUUCGGCAGAGUAUAAAAAGGGCAGUGCCGUCACCCUGGGCGGCUGCCGGUCCGGCCCGCCGAGUCAAGCUGUCACGUCCCUGCAACUUGUAAUAAACUGAAUGGCAAGAGGCAUGAAGGAGGCGUGAGAUGCGAACAGAGUGAAUCCACAGCUUGGCCCAGUACCUGACCAGAACUGGAAUGGACAAUCAAUGAAGUUCAGGCAGCAAUAGGCGACAAAUGCAUUUGUCAAAAGUGCAUGUGUAACAUCGAUUGUAGAAAACUAUCUUGUGUCUGUAUUUUUUGGGUAUACGUGCAAAUCUGAUAGUACUGUUUUUGAACAAUCAUACACGUUCAGCUGCCCUCAGUGUUUCCAUGCUGUAGGUAAAUAGUGAGUCAGAGGUGUCUGCAGUACUCACAUGAUGGUGGACAACCGUUAUGCCACGGCCCUGGUCAUUGGGUCGGUCCUGAGCCUCCUGGCCACUGUAUACUUGUCAGUGGCAGUCGGCACGCCAUAUUGGUACCAGUACAGUAGCCCACAGAAUAACAGUGGGGAAAUGCCCUCACAUGACGUGGAUUCUGAGAAGACUUUCAUGGAGAAGCUAUAUCAAUCUAGUGGGACACUGGGCCUCUGGUGGUACUGCAUCCAGGGGCCGGGCAGCACAGGGUCCUGCAGGAGUUACACACUCCAGCAGCAGCUGACCUCCAAGUACAACGACCCCGUCAGCACAGCCUCUGAGGAGGAUCUUCUCCGUACCUACUUGUGGCGAUGUCAGUUUGUGUUGCCGUUGGUGUCCCUCGGCUUGGUGUCCUUGGCGGCGCUGAUUGGCCUCUGCUCCUGCCUGUGCCGCAGCCUCACUCCCACACUUUUUGUAGGAGUGCUCCACCUUCUGGCAGGCCUGUGCUCUCUGGCAGCCACCUGCUGCUUCCUGGUCGGCCUGCGGCUGCUCCACAAGCUUCUGGUUGUACCAGAGGAGGUGGAGGGCUCCCUUGGCUGGUCGCUGUACCUGGCUCUGGCCUCCUCACCGCUGCACAUGAUGGCUGGCGCCCUGCUGAUGUGGGCAUCCGGCAGUCACCGGAAGAACUACCGCCGCAUGACCGCCUACCGCAUCGCAUAACGGCACCGUUCCAACUGUCCCUGACAUCUCCCUUUGAUGCCAGCUGUGUGUUCAGUCACUUAACGCAAAGCAGCGGCUGCAGGAGGAAGGGCGGAUCCACAAGCAGACUCGCAACAUUACCGAUGUUACUCCUAAGGGGACGUGGGACAAACUCAUCUGACUAUUUCAGAUCUCGUACUAACUGUUCGUUAGUUUCACGCUGACUUCUCCUGCUGAUAUGUAGCUUUAAUGGAAGAGUGGCUCUUACUCCAAGCUCCCUUCAGGGCAGCUCUUCUCGGCCAGUGAAACUGUUACACAACACUAUGUAUUCCUUUCUUGGUUUAUCUUAAGUUAGACGUGUUUGUCUUGCUAUUUAUUGGGAUAUCUUCCAAAAGGCAAAAUAAGUACAUAACUAUCAUUGUUUUUAUGCAUGAAAUUAUUUUCAGUCCUAUUGCCAACUGACAUUUGAAUGGACUGUGAGCUCUUCUUAAUCAUCUUUAAAUCAUGUCCUUCAUUUUGACAUCCUGCUUUAAUAUUUGUGACGGCGAUGCACUUGGAGUACGACCUCGAAUGUCGUCCCUGUUCUUGGCCUGUCACUGGAAACUCAGAGGAUACCAGAUCAGAUUAGAGCACUUCUGAUUGCUGAAGCCCUUGUACAUGACGCAGAAGCCUCGGGUUCCCUCCCUCUGUUUCUGCCAUAUCUGUCCUUAACCCGUGUGUCCGGUCAGCCAGGAUCUAUGCUAUACUUUUUAAACCACUAUGCAGAAGUAGACAUUGAACGUGCCAGUCACAUGCCUGAGACUGGGCACCUGCCAAACAUCCAGCCUCACGCUGUCUCUGCCUUACUGCCCUUCACCUGGUUAAUAUGUUUUACUUGCUGAAUCAUCUGAAAUGAACCAGUUCUCCUUCCUGUCUAAGGAGUUUUCCGCUUUGGCUUUUUGGUUUGAUUUCAGGAAGCCGCAGACUGUAAUCCAUGAAACCUGCACUGUAAUCCUCACUGCUCAUUUCUGUUGCUGUGUUUUAAGCACUGGGGUUCCUAACUCCCUGUCUUCAUCCUCAGCGUGUUUCUGUCUGUUUUUUUUUAACCACUAAUACAUGAGUUAUACUCUGA